CUGGAGAGGUGUUUCAAUACGGAGAAGACGGAUAUAAAAAUGACGUCAUAUACAACGUUAAAAUUUAACACUGUGUCUUGUCAACAUGGCUUUUACAGAUCAGAAAAACAAAAGAAUAAAGGUUGGGUACGCGGUGUUCAAGCAAUGGCCGUGUUCGGAGUGGUAGCGGCCAUCUUUUCACUUGUUUUUGUUCUUGUUUUCCUGAAGCGACCAAGAAAACAGUUCCUCAUAUUGUCCGGGGUGGCAGGCAUCAGUGCAGGACUUUUCGUGAUCAUCGGAGUCCUUAUAUACGGUUUUCGCUAUCUUGACAAGUAUGCACAUACCUUCGAAUGGGGUUUUUAUCUGGAAAUACUAGCAGCUUGCAUAAUGAUUACAGCUGGAGCUACUUUACUAUCUGUCAUGCGGGGAAAAUGAUCAACCAGCAACAUUCUUCUGGACGCCACCUCCGGUCACCCACUUCCGCGCUGCAAAUCUCUCAUUACGACUGUACUCAAGACAAAUAUAGUGUAACAAAUGUGGUUGUUAUUAAAUUCUGCAGAUAUU